AUGGGGGUUUUGGUUGUGAAAUUGAUCUUAAUAUACUUGCUUUUCAGUGCAGUGUUCGAUUGCUGUUGGAGCUCCCUGCAAUCAGGACUCGGAGGGAAUGCGACGGAUAGGCUGGCGCUGCUUGCCAUCAAAGCUCAAAUAAAGCAAGAUCUCCAUAAUUACAACGUGAUGAGCUCCUGGAACGAUUCCACGCACUUUUGCAUGUGGCAUGGUGUGACGUGCAGUCGGCGACAUCGCCAAAGGGUCACUAACCUGGACCUGCAAUCUCAAAAUCUGGUAGGCAAAUUAUCCCCAAACAUUGGAAAUCUAAGUUUUCUAAGGGAGCUGUGGCUGCGAAAUAACAGCUUCAGUCAUGAAAUUCCUUCACAAAUUGGGAAUUUGCGUAGGUUGCAGGUAUUGCGAUUAGAUGUUAACUCGUUUAGUGGCAGUAUUCCACACAAUAUAUCAUAUUGCUUCAACCUUAUCUUUGUGAAUUUCACUUACAACAAGUUGGUGGGUAAAAUUCCUUCAGAAAUUGGAUUGCUCUCGAAACUGCAAAAAUUUCCAUUAGAAUAUAAUAAUGUAACGGGACAUAUCCCUCCUUCCUUAGGGAACCUUUCGUCUCUCCAGGUGCUAGGUCUUGCUGGUAAUAACUUGAUGGGAAACAUCCCCAGUUCUCUUGGCCAAUUGAAAAAAUUAACCGUCUUGGUAUUGGGGUUAAAUCAGUUGUCUGGUAGCAUCCCGUCCUCCAUUUAUAACCUCUCUUCUCUUGUUACAUUUUUCAUGGCACUUAACCAAAUUCAAGGGAGUAUUCCAUCAGAAAUUGGCAAAAAUCUUCCUAAUCUCAGAUUCUUCAGCGUCGCCUCAAACCAACUUACUGGGUCCAUACCUGCCUCAAUAUCCAAUGUCACAAGUGUGUGGAAACUUGACGUUGGGAGUAACAACCUAAUCGGACCGGUACCGAAUCUCCAAAAGCUUCACAACCUCCGGCAUCUCAACGUUCAAUUUAAUAAUAUUGGAAGCGGUAAAGAUGGUGACUUAAGUUUUCUCUCGGACUUGACCAAUGCCACCCAGUUACAAAGUUUGAUCAUUAACACCAACAAUUUUGGAGGGACAUUGCCCAUGUCAAUAUCCAAUCUCUCUGCCAAACUUGAGUUGUUUUGGGUUGACGAUAACCAUCUAUAUGGAAGCAUCCCAUCUGGGAUAGGGAAUCUGGUGAGCUUGGAAUCGUUGCGUUGGGGGAAUAAUAGCUUCACAGGUAACAUCCCCUCUGACAUGGGUAAGCUUUCAAACCUUGGAAUAUUAUAUAUUUCCAAUAACAAAUUAUCAGGAAAUAUCCCGUUUUCCUUAAGAAAUUUAACCAAGUUAUUCCAUCUUGCGUUGGAUGGAAAUUAUCUUGAGGGCAACAUUCCUUCAGGUCUGGGGGAAUGCCAUGGGUUGCAAUCGUUAAAUCUUUCUUAUAACCUUCUUAAUGGCACAAUACCCAAACAAGUUUUUAGACUACCCUCCUUAUCGAUUUAUUUGGACUUGUCUAAUAACCUCUUCACAGGUUCCCUUCCCUCGGAGGUUGGGAAUUUUUUCAGUCUAAGUGAACUGGACGUUUCUGAUAACAUGUUAUCUGGAGAACUCCCCAGUAGCCUUGGUGGUUGUGAGAGUUUAGAAGUCCUGCAUUUGCAAGGAAACUUCUUCAACGGGUCCAUUCCUUUGUCUAUGAGUUCAGUGAGAGGGAUUCAAGAUCUAGACCUUUCUCGCAAUAAUUUAUCAGGUGAAAUUCCAAAAUUUUUAGAAGGCUUUAGAAUCCUGAACAAUCUGAACUUAUCAUUCAAUCAAUUUUGGGGAGUGGUACCAACUGGAGGUGUUUUCAAAAAUGCGAGAGCUAUCUCAGUUGUUGGCAACACUAAUCUGUGCAGCCCUGUUGCUAAUUUAAAGCUUCCCAAGUGCAAGUCUAAAGAGACCAAGAAACGAAGAUUGUCUCGUAGCUUGAAACAAAUACUCCCUUUAGUAUUUGGACUUACUCUUCUAGGAAUAGCCAUGCUGUUCUCCUAUUUCUUUCUUUGUUUGUCGAGGAAGAAAAGGAAAGAAAUUUCAUUGAGCACUUUGGGGAACACUAUUUUGCAAGUGUCAUAUGCUACUCUACUCAAAGCUACUGACGGGUUCUCAGAGGCUAAUUUAAUUGGUGCUGGUAGUUUUGGGUCUGUGUACAAGGGAGUUCUUGAUGAUGAUGAUAAAGCUCAACUUGUUGCCGUGAAGGUGUUUAACUUGUUACGCCUUGGAGCUUCGAGGAGUUUCAUAGCCGAAUGUGAAGCUUUGAGAAAUAUGAGGCAUCGAAAUCUCGUCAAGAUUAUAACUGUGUGUUCAAGUGUUGAUUUUCAUGGUAAUGAUUUCAAGGCUCUAGUUUAUGAGUUCAUGGACAACGGGAGCUUAGAGGAGUGGCUGCAUCCACCUACUGGAUCUGAAGAGUUAAGAGAUCAUGUACCCAAGAAUUUAAGUCUUCUUCAGAGGCUAGAAAUUGCCAUUGGUUUUUCUUGUGCACUGGAUUAUCUUCAUAAUCAUUGUGAAACGCCAAUAGUUCAUUGUGAUCUCAAGCCAAGCAACAUUCUCUUGGACAAUGAAUUGACUGGCCAUGUUUCUGACUUUGGAUUAGCAAGGUUUCUCUCACAAGUAACGAGUAAUGUUUCAACAAUUCAAAGUCAGACAAGUUUCGUUGGAAUAAGAGGAACGGUUGGUUAUGUAGCUCCAGAGUAUGGCAUGGGGGGUGAGGUGUCAACGAAUGGUGAUGUCUACAGCUUUGGCAUUCUCUUGUUGGAGAUGUUUACAGGGAAGAGACCCACAGACAACAUGUUUGGUGAUAGCUUGAACCUUCAUAAUUUUGUCAAGAUGGCUCUCCCCGGGCGAGUUAUUGAGAUUGCAGACGCACCACUUCUUCAAGGAGGCACGAACGAGAAUCCCAAUCAAUGCAGUGCGAGAAUUCAUAAAGUUGAGGUGUGCUUGAGUUCAAUAUUUAGAAUUGGAAUUGCUUGUUCUGCUGAAUCCGCAACAGAUCGACUAAAGAAUAUCAAUGAUGCUGCAUCUGAACUUCAUUCCAUUAGGAAUACUUUUCUUGGAUAGAAACUCUUUUUUAUGUGCUUUUGUGAUAGAGAAAUUUCGUGUACUGCCUGUGAAGUCUAGCUUUUAUGUUACCACAGUAGAUGUGGAAGUUUGCAAUGUAAAUAAUCACCAAUGAGGUUCAUUGUGUGAAGAGUGUAUUACUACUUCUUGUACUUGGUAUUUUUGUGUAAUAUUCACAUCGAUUAAAAUCUAGUUCGUGCCA